CCUGUCUGCCCGCUGCCAUUGCUUUGCUCUGCCACCGUGCCGGUGUUAUACUCGACACUUCCUCAUUGUGAAUACCUUGGAUGCAUCUUGCUCCCGGGACAGCGUGGUGGCUGUGUUAUCUCCCAUGAUCGUCGACCGCUAAACGCCUGAGACUCUUCGGUUGCCGGCGAAGCUAGCUAGCUGUACGAAUCCAAGCCCCUCUCCUGGACCAUCGACGCCGUUGGCACCCUCCCAAAAGCCUCCGUCGACUGCCUUGGCUUCUCUCGCUUCGAACGUGCCGAGUCGCCAUCGGAACAUAAUACCGUUGCUCUCGUACCUUUUUCUUUCCUUUUUCUCGGCUGACCUGCUCGGUCAUAGAACCCUCCCGCGGGAGGCGGUGAUUUUCGGACCAUGACGCGCGCCUCGACGCCCCCGGUUCUUUUACAACUGCAGACGGCGGAUUCCCCCUCCUCGCAAGCGGCCGCCCUUCGCACGCUGAAAAACGAGACAAUUGGCCAUGACCAGCGCAAAGAGGCCUGGAUUCGAUGGGGCAUCGUCCCAACCCUUGCCAAGCUGCUUGCCUCCCGACCAUCCGGUGAUAAGACCUCGACGACGAUCUCCGAAAUCAAUGGGACGGCCUCGGAUCGUGACCUCGCCCAUCCGAAGUCGGAAGCAGAUGAUGUCUGUCUGCAGGCGAUCAUCGUCAUAGGUAGUUUGGUACAAGGCGGUGCAUCCUUCCUAUCACCUAUUCUUGCCAGCGACCUACCCUCAAUACUCUUGUCUAUUAUCUCUUCGCCUGAAUGUCCCCCCUUCUUCGUCCUUCCUAUCCUUCGCACCCUGAACAAUAUUGCCGAUCGACUACCGUUACAAAAUCAGCCGGAGGGCCCCAAGGAUCCUCGUCUAGCCGAUUUACUCUUUUCCACCGAGUAUAUUGGCUUUCUGCCCCGGAUCAUAGCCCAGGAGUACAGCUCGCACGAGAAACAGACGGCUAUCGAGCUCGCCGCGGCUCUCGUCGGUAAACUAUGCACCGAGGAGGCCCAUAAGGCGGUGCUGGCGGAAUGUGGGGUUCUAGAUGCUCUGGCCGUGAAGGUGGCAUCCUUUGUGGCGGCGCAAGGCUUCGUUCUGCCAGGCGCAGAGGCACAUGUGCAGGAACCCGGCGCUCUGGGGUCGCUCCCUCUGCCUGCACCCCCGACGGCCAAGCUGGCGCCGAUCCUGCGCGCUGUAACCGUAAUCAUUGAGCACUCUAAGUGGCGGGCGGAACACUUCCUCUCGUCCCCGGGGAUAGUCACGGUGUUCCCCAAGCAGUUGCCCGAGUUUGCCCCGGCAGAUGUUAAGAAGGCCCCGUGGGGUUCGACGUACUUGUCGGGGUCUGCGGUACCACGCCACGCCGGUGCAAGCCCCCUAGAGCAUCUCCUCCCAUCGGUCCCGUUGGCGCACAACAAAGCCUCCACCAGCACCCCCAAUUUCCCGCCUUUGGGGCAGCAGGGACCUCGCCGCCGACACAGUCAGUCAUACCCUGCAUCGCUUCCCGUCUUCGACGCACCUAGCACCGAGGACGAUGAAAAUGCCAUAGUUCCCUGGCUCCUUUAUGUCAUUCGUGCGGAAACCGGCAUGGCGCGGCUGAUGGCAGCUCGUCUCGUCACCGUUUUGUUUCGGCGCGGUCUCACCAAAAAGCAUCGGGUCUCCAUGCUGUGUUACUUGUUGAUCCCGAUUCUGAUCCGGAUGCUCGACAAGGACCAUGAAAUGUCGUGCGACGAUGGCGUGCAGUAUGGAGGGUUGAUUUCUUCGCCCGAUCGUCUGCGAGAAGAGGCCCCGGCAGUGCUCGCCACCCUCGUCAUGGAUGACCAGGAGUUGCAGAGACAUGCGGCCGAGGGCGGGGCCAUCCAGCGACUUUCCCAACUGCUCAAGGAGACGUACAAUCCCAUCCGCCAGAACACCAAGCCGAUGUGGCAUGCAGAGGCCGACGAUACUACUGGAGGAUCCGACACGCAGCCGGCAGAGUGCAGGCUCGGCCAUCCCGGAUAUGCACCCACCCACUGUCAUGUGAUGCGUUAUCGCGAAAACAUCCUGAAGGCCCUGGCGGCCCUGGUCCCGUUCAAGGACGAAUACCGGAAGGCGGUCUGUGAGAACGGGGUGGUGCCGUAUAUCAUUGACUCGCUCAAGCCCUGCUCGAGCGAUCCCCAGUCGGAUACCUCGAAUCCCAAAAACACCGCUGCCGAUGGCAAUCCAACUCCGACGUUGCUGGCUGCUUGCGGUGCUGCGCGGAUGCUCACUCGUUCCGUUAGUGUCUUGAGGACCAGCCUGAUCGAUGCUGGUGUCGCCACUCCCUUAUUUGUUUUGAUUCGUCACCCCGACAUCGAGGUCCAGAUCGCCGCCACGUCAGUAAUCUGUAACUUGGCCCUCGAUUUCAGCCCCAUGAAAGAGGCAAUCAUCUCUGCGGAAAUCCUCCCCAUCCUCUGCGAACACGCGCAUUCAGUCAACACGAAACUACGUAUCGAAUCGCUCUGGGCCUUGAAGCACGUUGCCUACAACUCUACCAACGAUGUGAAGAUCAAAAUCAUCACCGGCCUAGGGCCCGGGUGGAUCAAGCAGGUGAUCACGCAGGAUCCAACGACCGCGUUAGCCAAACGGGGACUGGACGAGGAGCUGGACAGCAACAACUUGGCAGGCAUGAGUCGAGCCAACUCGGCCGGAGAACAGGUGGACUUGCUGAAUCCCAUGGAGCAUUCUCAGCAGCGCGACGAGGACAUGAAGAUGGCCGACACGUUGCCGCCAUCCAAGAUGAGUCUAGAGAUGUUCCUGCCCGACGUGACCCGGCGGCGCAAGCUUGCCCUUCACGGGGAUCUAGACCAAACGACCCAAGCUCGACAGGAUGACAUCGCGGUACAGGAACAGACAUUCGAUUUGUUGCGUAAUCUCGUCUGCGGACUGGGGGCCUCGGAAAUGAUUGACCACCUGUUUACGGAAAUCGGGCAGGAUCUGAUCCUGGAUGCCCUGUCGGACAAACUACGCCCUCGCAGCAUCCAGCUUCCGCAUCGAAGAGAGUCAUCUGCGCAGCGGGCCCUUCAAGUUCCGACCGAAAUUCUGGUUUCGGUGACAUAUGUCAUCAUCCACCUUGCUGCCGGUCUCCCUUGGCACCGUCAACUUCUGGUCUCGCACCGGGAUCUUCUCCGCCAUCUCAUGGGCUAUUUCAACCAUGCCAACCGGGAUGUACGGACCAACUGUGUCUGGGUUGUGAUCAAUCUCACGUACGAAGACGAUUCAAGCGAUCAUGACGGGUGUCGAGAACGGGCCUUCAAGUUACGUUCGAUCGGGGUCGCGGAUCGUCUGGCCAGUCUCGAGGACGAUCCGGAUCUUGACGUCCGAGAGCGCACUAAAACUGCACAGCAUUUGGUAAAUGCUUUGACGCGUUGAUAGCGAACGUGUAUUGGUUUCUCUAUCCUUUCUUGCUCAUGCAUUUGGGCCGAUAGUGGGAAAGUAGAUGGAUCCUACCGGGAAGCUUUUUUUGUGUUCAUUUCCUUCCCCCUUUUCCCUUUCUAUUUCUUGACACAUAGCAGGCGUUGAACUGGCUGUUGGAUGUACAAAGAGAACCGAGGAGAUGCACAUGAUAAAUGAAUCCGAUAGAUCGUUCUGCCUUCCGUAGAGAUGGAAAGGAAAGGAAAG